AAGCAUUCAGUGUAAAUAAAUGGAGCUUAUUGCAAUGUGAAUAAGACGACCAAACCCUAUGUAAAGACCACAGUGUAAUUAAUUACCCCGGGGCUGCUAAUAGUGAUCGAGUGACUACGCUUGUUUUUAAUUAAGCUUCAUGUUUAGAAAUCUCUCCAACCUAGGUUUUGUUUACGAAUUCUUAAUUUUUGUUGUCAGUGGGGAACACCUGACACGCCUACACUCGCGAACAGUUAAUCCAUGACAGUUUAGCUGAUGAGAAUAUGCGAUCCCUAACGAGUUGGCUGAACUUAUGCAGUAAAUAGAUGUACGAAACUAUCGCUGGGAAACUAAAUGACAGCUGUAUAUUUAUUUUUGUGCAGAUAAACUACCUACAUAGAUCAUAAAAGACCGCGUGUUAUUGUGUCAUCAUUGGUGUAUCACAGCAACUAGGAACUUAACGCCGUAUAAAACUCAGUCGAUUUCUCAUUUGGAGUUACACAUUGAAAGUUAGUAGGAAGUCCGGUUAACAAGUUAGAACACCGGCCAUAUAGAUAUUUUAUUUAUAACUAAAGUUUAAUGGUGUUUUUAUUGGAUAGAUUUAUAUUUUUUGUGAUUAGAUCUAUGAUGAAAACAGUGCAGUGUGGAUAUAAUUUCAUCGAUUAAUAAAACGUUAUAUGGAUUACUGAUGGGCUGUUUGUGUGACUUCACAGUCACGUCUCGAUCUACAACGUUUCAACAACAUUUAUCAAGUUGAUAAAUCGAUGAAAAAAAAAAUACUAACGAUAUCGUAUACUUUAUGUACAACACCAGCAAGUAAUGCAACAAUAAUGGAGUUAAUAUGAACACGGGGAAUUAAUUAUUGUUGCGUCAUCAUCAAUUAAUUGAAGGACAAGAUAUUAUAUAAUGACGAAAAACUAAAAAUUCGGAAUAAAUAAUGAAUAGACCAUUUUCAUUUUUGAUUAAGUAUUUGUUCAUUGCGCGACAAGAGUUAAAUGUGUGUAGAAUUAUCGACCUUGACCUCUGAACGUUUAAUUCAAAGUCAAAUUAUAGACCUUUAGUAUUAUGCCAGUGUAAAGUAUCUAACAUUACUUAAUAGGACUUUAAUCGCACACACUGACAUCCCCUCGCUGAUUUAUAGAACACUAAUUAUCCUUUAUCAAAUAACACAGUAUUUAAUCCAUCACUAUUUCUUCAUAAAAGAUCCUAAAUAUCAAUUGCACAAGAUCAGCGUUAAUAACGUUAAUUGCUUGGCCGUAAUAACUACCCCCUUUAUAACUCUAAACAUUCCGACGGUUUUGAUUGAUAAGCCAGCUUUAAAAAGAAUAAGAAAAAAGCCAUAUCUGUACUUGAAUGUAAUUCGAUUCGAUCAAAUCUAUAACAAAACAUAUAUAAAAGACGGUUUAAAAUUUGACCUUUUAAUGUCAACGUAUAUUUAAAUGAAUGGUUAAAUUCAAAUAUUUUAAUCAGCUAGAUCACCGCGCAGAUAGUGGCUUUAAAGUGAUCCACAGGAUGUAAAUAUUUGUUUUUGUAGCAAUGUAAAAGUGUGCAAUUGGCAGAUAUAGGCCAAUGUAAUUUUAUAGGAAUAAUGUGAGAUGUUGAAAUCCGAUAAAGGAAUAUGGCAUUUUUCAGAGAUAAUUGAUGCAGAAGCAGGCUUCUUUUUACUGUGCGAAUACAGAGACUUUGGAAAAAGCUAUACAAAUGAAGUACUUUAUCAUGACCGACAUUGUAAUCGUAAGCCACAAUAGUGUCUUUCUCCGCAGAGAUAGUGAUUUUAAAAAUAAGUUACCCGAAUGACAUUUAACGAAACCGAUACGAUAAACACUACCAUGCCGUCUCAAACAAACUUGUCAAACGAGGAACUACUGCUUCAUCUGAACAAUGAGAUAGCCACAACCCUGAUCCCAGCAAUGCUGGUCAUCGGGGUUCUUAUGGUGAUGGGUUUGAUUGGAAACGGCUUCGUGUGUUUCGUCUUUGCUAAAAGACUAAAACCUGGUACUCAGAAUUUCAUGAUAUUGUGCCUUGCUAUUUUUGAUCUUUUGAGUUGUGUCAUCGCUAUGCCCGCAGAAAUCGUGGAUAUGCGAUAUUAUUACUUGUUCGAUUCUGAGUUCGUUUGUAAAACCUUCAGGUUCGUCAACGUUCUUUGCAGCAUGUGCUCGAUUGUGACUCUGACAGCAAUUGCAAUAGAUCGUUUUAUUAAAGUGUGCCGACCUUUAGGACGACAGAUGACUCUUGGGGAAGCUAAAAUUUCAGUUUUGGCGUCUGUAUUCAUUGGGAUAUUUUUGGCAUGGCCCUCUAUAUUUAUCUAUGGCUUGCGAACGGCAGACACGGAGAUUCCUGGAAUUGAGGGAAAAGACUGUUCAACCAGUGACGACCUCAAAGAUACAAAGUACCCCUUAGUGUACAACUUUGUCCUCUUUGUAGGGUUCCUGGGAUUGACAAUCACAUUUGCAGUGUUGUACGGGAAAAUUUACAAAGAAGUGCAGAGGCAUAAAAAGUAUAUGACAAAAGUAGCAAUAGCAACACCAUCUUCACCAAUAACUUCAACAUUAGAAUUCAAUUAUCCAUCCAUAACAUCUAUCAAUUCGGACAUACACGAUGAACUGCCUAUCCGAAAAUCUAUAGCAAACGAAAAUGCCUUACUGCAAUUAGACAUUAAUUCUCAGGAAAAUGGUUCUACGAGAUCGUUGAAUCAUAAUUCGAAAGGAGACAAAACAGUGACAUUUAAGACUGAAAAUGGUUCUGAGAGUGCGGUUAUAAAUGAUAGUGAACUUACGGUUACCACGAAUGGUGAUACAAACAUUUGUGCGAGUGGGAGUGGAAGUCAGAUACAUUCUAGCCCCCUUAACAAAGUGAGAUCCAUUCCUCCUCCAUUGCAAAUGCCUCGUGCUGACGAAUAUUGCGAGUCCGACAUAGGCAGCAGUAUUAGUGCCUGUAGCACACCAAAAAAUAAAAAGAACCCGAGAUUCAGCGUCGGUCGAGAAACCCGCACAACUGUCAUUGCCUUUCUCGUCACCACUGUGUUUGUGAUAAGUUAUCUCCCUUACUUGGGCCUUAUAUUUGCUCGGAUUUUUAACAAAGAUUUCGAUCACGAUAUUCGUGGUUCGGCUCUGGCAGCUUACAACUUGUUCCUGCGAUCCUAUUUUGUUAACUCAGCUGCUAAUCCUAUUAUUUAUGGUUUUCUUAAUUUUCGUUUUAGACAGGAAGUGAAAAAAGUGAUUAACAAAAUUAAGUUUUGGAAGCGGACAUGAAGGUGUUGUGUAACGUUUCUGUGCAUGCAUUUCGUAUAAUUUUACAUAAAGUGAGCUAAAACUAAUAGCAGGUACUAGUACAGGCCUAUACAUAUUUAUGGUAAAAAUGUAUUAUCGCUUCCAUUUAAAGGUGAUUUGCUAUUUUCUGACUAUAAGUACUAGCUGCGAUGGACGGGAACCAUUUACAUUACGACAGACGUUUUGCUUUUGAUGAAAGUUUGACGUCAUUGUGUAUUCCAAGUAAAAGGGGUGAUCCUACUGGGUCUGUAUACUGAUGGAUGGGGAAAUGAAAGCUAUUUUCAGAUAAUGAAAACAGAAAAUGCCGAAAAGUUCAGUUAAAUUGUUUCACGCUGAACUGAGAUAUUAACAAUGCAAUUUUAGGCUAGUCUCGAUUAUCCAUUUUGACGUUAAAUUGUCCAUCACAAAAUGUAUUUAAAUCCACUAAAGAUCGCAGGCUAACGAUGGCAUCAAGAGUUGAUUAUGAUCUGGAUCAGUUAAUUAAUGACUUAUUAAUAGUUUAGAUAACAUUUCAGGCCUAAAGACAGACCUGCAAUAGGCAGAUUUAGCUCUAGCAUAAUACAUCUUUAAUUAUAGAUUGAGUUAGUGAAGCCAUCAAUACUUCCAGAUCAUUCAUUUGUGUCGCUACGCUUAAAAUCAGAAAUGUAAAUUUUUUUUGUGUCAAAAUUAUCCGUUAGUCGCGUUUCAAAUCUUUCAAAUUGACAAUCCCUGUGCCUACAGUGACGUCAUGAGAUCAGGAUUUACUUUUGUGACACAAGAACAGUGCCAUAUAGAAAAGAUAAUUAUUAGUUGAUCCCACGUAGUUGUCAUCAUUAUCUUACUCUGUUAGAAUAUAGAUACAUAUGGACGACAGAAAAAAUGACAAUACAAAGCGUCUUUUCGACCCCACUCCUCGCUCCUCUCUUUUGGAAUAAAGAACACUAGCGUAAAGUCAUUUAUAAAAAUGUCUUAAUACCUAUGUUUAUGUUCAUUAACUUCCGUUUACAUGUUCUCAAAAAUUUAAUUUAAAGAUACAUUAGUUAAGAGUUUAAUAAAGAGUUGGCCAUUCUUGCUAUAAUAAUUCAAAAAUAGACGAUAAAAAGAGAAAAUAUUGAACAUUUCAGUCCAAUUACUUUAUUCUGAACGGAGUUGUCACUGUUGGAAGUUUGGACUAGAAAUAGACAUCAACUGUGUCCGCACCGUCUACGAGAAUUGAAGAUCGUUUGAUUGACAGACGAUAACUCCACCCACAUAUUCUCAAUUAUCAAGUAACAUUCUCAAUGGCUAUAGAACCCUUGCUUGGUGAGCCUUCAAAACCAGUUUCCGGUGGUGACGUCAGUAAUUACCGGUAAACGUUAGCUUGGUCGGCCAUUUCUUGAAUUAAUUUUAAAUAGACGACUGUUUAAAUCCAAACCACCCGAGGGUCUACAGAGUUGAUUUUGAGUUUGUCAUGUAAAUAAAGGUCUAAUUAAUCAUUUCUAUAAGAUCUGAAACCUAAAUAAAGACUUGUAAUAGGCAGAUUUAGCUCUUGCAUAAUGUAUGUUUAAUAUAAAUUUUAAGAAUUUUAUUCCAAAUUUUUAAAUAAAGACUUGUAAUAGGCAGAUUUAGCUCUUGCAUAAUGUAUGUUAAUAUAAAUUUUAAGGAUUUUAUCCCAAAUUUUUCUCUCGAACUUGAUAUCAAAUCAAACUAGAUGGUUAACCAGUUAUGUAAAUUUCUGUUUGCCCUUAUUUAUGUACCCACAGCUACAUAUUUUAGUUCGGUAUGCAAUUUCAUAAGAUAUACAGAUUUUCAUAUGCCUAAAGGAGUUAUUUCCCCUUUUAAAACGGAACGAAAACGUGAUAAAAUGCGUUUUAUUUUAUGUAAUAACAUAUUAAGCCAGUGUUAUAACUUGGUGAUUUUUAUGUAUUUUAUUUUGAUAAAUUUAUUUUGUUGUUUUA